GGGACUCAAAACGUUGUACGUGUCGGUUUGUUUUUUCGGACAGGGAUGAUACAUUGUCAAAGACAUGGCAUCUCUUAUUAAAUUUAAUAUUAUUUGCACUUUUGGACUUUUAAGUACUCUGUUGGCCACACUUUGCUUUGGUUUAGAAACACCAUAUAUAUCUGUUCAAGACAAGGAGAGAUUAAAAAAUGUUUUUACUGUUGGCCUGACUACCAAGGAUGCAGCUUCUAUACAUUACUCUGUUUUGGGUUACAAACUGUUGAACCAGAAAAUUCCUGACUCAAAGGAAAUAUGCAAGGUGCUUACCGAUUCCUUAAGCAAAGAAGGAGCCGAUACCUAUUUUUAUGUAUCUUCAACAUGGAAAGAAGCAGGUUGCCCUGGCACACUUCCUCCGUCUAUUUCUAAGUACCUUAGUUCAUUACUCUUGAAAGAUGGUAUAUCGACAAGUGAUAUUUACCAUGCUGUAGAGGGAUUAAGAAGUAAUGGUCAAACAAUUACUAAAGAUCCGAAAAUUGAGAAAGCUAUUCAGGCGGCCAUAAAAAAAGACGAUUCUGUAUCAAGCUUAGGUUAUGCUCUGCAUGCAGCAUCUCUCCCAGUGACUGAUGGAGUGUUCUUGUUUGACCGAAUAGAAGAUAUUAUUUUUCAAGCUGAUGAGGUGGAUGGCAAGUACCUUCAGUUUGAAGGAGGCUUAAGCAUCACAGGUUUAGUAAUAAGUGGAAUCUACAAACUAUCAGCCAAAGUAAAUAAAACCCCUGCAAUUAGUGCGGAACAGGCAACAAAGUUUUCUAAUUAUUUCGUAACUCGUAAGUCUGUUCAAACUCCAAAGGGGGCUUGGUCCUUAUUAAAUGUCCUUCAAACUCUUACUACUAACAAGUUCCACAGGCCUAUUGUUGUGAGUGUACGAAACAUUGAUUCAGUCAAAGGAGUUAUGUCUAUUGAUGUUACUGAUCUUUUGGGGAAAGCGCCUACAGGUAGUCCGUUUCCUGUUACUCUUGAUUCUUUGUCAAGAAUAUCUGAUAACACUGUUGUUGCUUCAAAGAUUAAAUUUGAACCACUCACAGAAAAGACUUCUUAUCAGAUAAAAUUUCCAUCUGGUACAAGCUCAGGAGUGUACAAAGCUGUAAUUAGCGUAACGCCUACAGAUCAGGCUAUAAUUGGUGGAGCUAAUAACGCUAUCGAAAUCAGGAUAACUGGGCAAUUGGCUGUUACUGACCCACUUCUUAUCGCGGCUGUUGAUUCUGAUCACUUUUUGCAACCUAAGUAUAACAAGGUGGUAUUCCCAGAGAAACUUCCUCAAGUAUUAGAAAUCGAUUCUCACCAACGCUUAGCUUUAAGAUUUAAUCUCAAAGAAAAAUCUAGUGGUAAACCCAUUAUUGUCCAUCAAGCUUUCGUCAGGCUUUCUCAUUCUGUAACCGGACAAGAAUUGAUUUUUGUUUCCGAAAAAGAUUCAAACAAUGGAUAUAAAUUGGAUUUGGAUAUUGGUGCAAAGUCUAAUGAAUUUGGCUCUCUGCCUGGUGUUUACAAUUUGGAAAUAAUUGCUGGAGAUAGUGUUUUAUCUAAUUCAUUGCAAUGGCAUGUUGCUGAUGCUAAAUUAUCCUUUUCUGGAGAUGCUAAACCAAAAACUACUCAAUCCAUGUUUUCAGUUAAACCUGAAAUCAAGCACUUGUUUCGUGAACCAGAAAAACGGCCUCCUGUUUUUGUUUCUAAUCUUUUCACAGGACUGGUGUUUGUUCCUCUGAUUAUCCUUUUUAUUCUGUGGUUCAAACUGGGAAUAAACGUCUCUAACUUUAGUCUGCGACUGAGCACUUUAGGUUUCCACCUUGGAUUAGGCUCUAUAUUUGCUCUAUUCGUGUGCUUCUGGUUGAAGUUAAAUAUGUUUGAAACCCUGAAAUAUCUUCUCGUCAUCGGAGUUAUUACUUUUCUUUCUGCUAACAAACUAUUGUCUUCUAUUGCAGCAAAACAUAAAUCAUAAGUAAUGUCAAAUAUUUGGAAAAACAGGAGAUGAAUUCAUUUAAUCUCAGUGUUUUCCAUGCCCGUUAAAAAAAAAAAAUUAAUGCUAAUUCAAAAUUUUAUUACAUUCCUAUCACCAAAAUUUCUUUUAUAAAGAAAGGGUUCAUGUAUGUACCAAGUCACAGCCCACUGUCGAACAACUAUUCUCGACGUAUAUGUUUUUUUCUUCUCUGACUGAUUAGAAUGUUAAUUUAAUUUAUUAUUUUAUUGAGUUAUUCAACCUUAUCUGUAAAAGUUUAGUUUAUUUUGUUUGUUAUAUAUAUUUUUUAAAUGGUACGGUGCAAUGUUCAAAUAAAUUUUUAAGAAAAUGGUUGUCUUUCACAGAAUUUUUUUUGUAUUUCCGAUAUUGGUAUCUUACAAAUAUUUAUUUUUUUACAAAAAUAAUUACAUUUAUUAGUAAAAUAGGACAUGUGUCCUUUUGAAAAUGGAAUACUUUUUACAUUAAGAACUGAAGAAUUUUCUGCUAACUUUGUUUUUCAUUCAUCCAAAAUUUGUAUAUUUUAUAGAUUACAAGAAGUCCAAAAUAUAUAUUUAGAUAUAAAUAUAAUUUUGUAAAUUAUAUUUUGUUUGUUUUUCUUAAGCAUGUACGUAGUAUGUAUGAUCUGUACAUGUGCUAUAUUUAAAAAAGAAUGUUAAUAAAUUUUUUUUAUUUA